AUGUCCCCGCCCCUCCGUCGCCUCGCGCGCCUCGUCCCGCGCGUCGCCGACGCGCGCGCGUUCGCGUCCGGCGCGGGCAAAGACGUCGUCCGCCGCGACUCGAGCGACGUCGCGUCGUCGUCGUCGUCGUCGGACGCCAAUCCUUGGCGACCGGUGGUGGACCGCGAGACGCGGCGCGUGUACUUUUGGAAUCCUCGCACCGGCGAAACCUCCGCGGUCGGCGCGCCGCGCCCCGCGACGGAAUUUUUAGCGGACGAUCCAGGCGCGUCCGCGCGCGAGGGAAUCGGGACGCAGAUCGGGUCGGCGUUCGCGAUGGGCGCGGGCGCGUCCCUCGGUUUCGCGGCGGUCGCCGUCGCGGCGAGAAUCGCGUUCGGUUGA